CUGCCGAGGCCGACCUAAUAGACGCGAUCAACGCGAAAAAAUAAUCAUAUAUAUGAGGAAAUGUCUGCUACAAUGCUUUUGCCUGGACACGAAUACACGUCCACUGAAAUCAAAAUUAAAUUGCACAAUUUUACAAACAAAUACAGACAAAAAAAGCAGAAAAUUGGCCCAUCGGGUGGCUGCCCUAGUCGGUGGAAAUAUUAUGAGGCGGUCCACCAAGCGCUAGACGAUUUUAAAAGUUUUUGUUCCGCCGAACUUGUGGAGGAUAGUAUUGAUGGCAAGUUUUAA